CCAAGCACAACAGUGGUGAGUCGCAACAGUCCUGCUGUCGCUAGUGUGGUCUCCGGCGCGGGCGCGUACGAUGUGACGCGCAUGCGCGAGGAGGAAUUCGAGCGGCUCACAGUAUACAUAGUGCCAGACGUGCCCUGUGAGAGGGGCACCCCCAACAGGGCAGAGAGGACUCUACCACGCAGCCUCACACUAAGACCAUCAGCAGUAUUAUCUACGCCCAACACACCGACUGAGGGUGUUUGGAGUAUCGGAGUGAUACCUCGGGGCUCCCGUUUUGGGCCCUUCGAAGGUUCUCGCACUCCCAACAAGCCAAAUGACAAAGUUUCCUGGAGAUAUUAUUGGAGGGUACAGGAAACUGUCAGACAUCAUACAUAUGGAAAUAUUAAGAUAUUCAAAGAUAGCGACUACUAUUACCUGGAUGGGUCGGACACGAGUAUCGCGAACUGGAUGAGAUAUGUGGCUUCUGCGUACUCGCUACCCGUCAUGAACCUGGUCGCCUGCCAGCAUCAGGAACACAUCUACUUUUACACUAUUAGAGAUAUUAUGCCAAAUGAAGAACUUAUGGUCUGGUAUUGUAAAGAUUUUGCGACAAGGCUUGGUUAUGAUAUUGAUCCUGAACGAGCGACAUAUUCUAUAUGCAAAGAAGAAACCAUCAAAAAAGCAUAUGGAAUACCACCAGCCCCGGUGCAUCCAGAAAUUGCUUUUAAUCACAUGAAAUACGUUCUGGGUCUUACAAAUGCAAAAGAAUUGUUAGAAGCUGAAAUACCGAGUCGUCGGAGAAAACGUGAAGCUAGUGAUCCACCAAGGGAAGAUCGAAUCUCUAACAAAAAUGAAAGAACUAUUGUAAGAACUGACAUGCAAGCAAAUAUCAUUCACACAAAAUCAGAAAAUCAAAUAAUUAGCGAACAAUCACCUUUAUCACCGAAUGGGUUGAUGCAGCCACCUUCUCCAGUUAAAAUAAAUCACAGGGAUAAUCAAACUCUAGUUAUUCACCAACAAAAGGAAAGUACAGCACAUGUUGUUGUUCAUCAUCUAGAAAAUCCAAGAAUACAUAACAAUCGUUCACCAGCACAAAACCAGCAUAUCAGGGAUAUGCGUGGACCGUCUCCAAUGGCACAGAAUCAUCAAGAUAAAAUGGAAAGCAAAUCACCGAGUAUGAGUCAUUGUGGACCCCCUCAUUACGAACACCAACUUACACCUAAUGAUGAAGGAUAUCAUAGCAAUGGCUACCAUGAUGAUUUUACACCACCAGAAGAUUCUAGUGAUUCAGAUGUCGAAAACUAUGUAUUAGAUUGUUCAAACAAAACAAAUGAACCUAAAGAAACUGUAAUAGUGCAAAAAGUAGAUCAAGAAAUGCAUCGUAAUGAGUAUAGAAAAGUGAAAAUAAAAAUGCCAAGAGCAUACCAAUAUCAAAAUCACAAAGACAUGGAUUGCGAAAGUGAAAAAGAAUUAAUUAUAGCCGAAGAAGUAAUGGAUGCCUCUCCCCAAAAUCUUUCGCCGCCAAGACGUGAUCCAGCGACGUCAACUGUGAUUGUAUUGGAAUCGUCACAAAACACAAUUGUACCUAUAAAUAAGCCAUAUUAUGAGAACGGCACGAUUUCACCAGGACCGCCACCAGCUUUUAUGAGGUAUUCUCCUCCAGACACGCGAAUACUCGAAACUAUUCUAACUGGUAACAGGAUCGAUACUAAUAACAAUGAUCCAAAUCGUCGUCAACCUAAUGCGACCCCGCCACCAUCAUCUCCUACAGAGAUGGCGUAUUCUUACAAGAAAAGCCAAAGAUAUGGCAACGCUUGUAGCCCGGACUCGAGCUCCAACCUCACGCCACUGCCCUCGCUGCUGCCACUGCCACAGCAAUUGCCAGUACCCAGUGCUGCUUCUGUGUAUUCAUCAUCGCCACCUCAUACCAUUCCACAUACAACGGAAAUAAGAGAAAUCAGAGAAAUUCGUGAGAUACGAGAAACUCGUUAUGAAAGUCAUUACCCUAACUACUCAUAUAACUUAUAUUCUCCAUCAAAUUCGACUAUUAUAACUCAACUAGGCUCUCCUCCAAACAGUUACUCGCCCACCGUUACUUCUACACAUCAAUAUGAAAGAUCCCAAAAUGGACAAAGCAACCAUCACUAUCCAUCGUCGACGAGCGUAAUUACUCUAAAGAAUUGCUCUCAACUGAGUUUAAUUCAAAAUUCAAACAUGAAUAACCAACUUGUGCCGCAACAUGGAAGCAUGAGCCCCGACGGAUCCUGCGGUCUUAUGGUUGCUCCAAUGAGUCCUAACUCUCAAGCUUCUCGAGGAUACAGAAGUUUGCCUUAUCCACUGAAGAAAAAAGAUGGGAAGAUGCAUUAUGAAUGCAACGUAUGUUGCAAGACAUUUGGACAGCUAUCUAACCUAAAAGUGCACCUGAGAACCCACUCCGGUGAGCGACCUUUCAAAUGUAAUGUUUGCAACAAGUCUUUCACGCAAUUAGCUCAUCUACAAAAACACCAUCUGGUGCAUACAGGGGAGAAACCCCACCAAUGUGAUAUUUGUAAAAAACGAUUUUCUUCCACAUCGAAUUUAAAAACUCAUUUACGCUUACAUUCUGGGCAAAAACCGUAUGCCUGUGACUUGUGUAUGCAGAAGUUCACUCAGUUCGUUCACUUGAAACUUCACAAGCGGCUGCACACUAACGACAGGCCGUACGUCUGCCAGGCUUGCGAUAAGAAGUACAUAAGCGCUUCCGGACUCCGCACUCACUGGAAAACUACCAGCUGUAAGCCAAACAAUAUCGAGGAAGUUCUAGCCAUUACAAACGCUGCCAACACUGAAUGUAUCGGUUCCGUCGACAAAGACUGCCACGAGAGAGAGGCCCAUGAAGCAUACGAGGUCCACUCCCCAUCACAGGGCGGGCUGGUGGGAGCCGGUGGGGCGCGCCUGGCGUUGUCACACGACGUGGUGCUGGGGGCGCACGCACACACCACAACGCCGCACCUGGUGAGCGGGCACGGGCCGUUGUCGCCGGCGCACGCGCAGUACCGACAGAUGGCGGGCGAGCACGAGCCGCCAGCGCAGCACUAUGGCUCGCCGGCCGCCGAGCCCCGUCCUAGCGUCAUCGAGUCCAGCCAGCCCCUCAUCAUAGAAUGUACCUGAGCCUCGCCGCCGCUCUCCUCGCAUCACACUCACGUCGGACGCAUGUCCCCCGCCGCUCCUUGUGAUUCAAAUUUUGUGAUUCAGCAAAAUAAUUGUGCAUAAACAAUACUGUGGCGAGUGAUGACUCGCUGCAUUAAGUGGCUAUGAGAUUACGAUAUGAACUCUAAGAUGUAUAAAUUGUAAAAAUGUAAAUUUAAGUGCGACGUUAGGUACUAAGUACUUAAAUAGAUAAGUCUCAUUGGGAGAGUGUAUUAUAUUGUAUGAAUCAUUUGCGUACGUUAUACCUAAGGUUUCAGCAGCCCUUGUUAUACUAAUGCUCAAUUUUAUACGUGAAAUUAUUUUAUUGUAAAUAGGAUUUUGUGACAUCGACUUUAAAUAAUUAGGUUUUCUAUGCAGUGUAGCUAUCUACACUAAGAUACUAUUAUGUUUAUCGUGGUGUAAUAUGUUUUUCGGCAAUAUACUUUGAAAAGUGAUACAACUAAUAUUACGGUUGAUCAUUUAUUGACUUAGAAUUCUAUUAUCAAGAAGCAACUUCAAAUCGCCUAUGGGAUACGACGAGAGUUUGUAACACCAAAGAAACAGGCCCAGAGGGCGAUCUUAGUACACCUCUCACGCAUCCAUCGCGUCUAAUCUUCCAUAAAUCCUGAUUAAAUAAAACAAUAGCUAUUCAUUUCAAUAAAUAAAAAUUCAACGUCACUGUUUAGUGGUAAGUGCCAAAAGCACAUUUAUAAAAUAUAUUUAUAAGUUAUCCUAAAGAGAUGUCGGUUUAGUGUUUUAAAUUGUUGUUCCUAAUGAAUAAUUGGAAAGUAAGCGCGUAUGAGCAAAAACUUAAUUCUAAUGUUAUUUAGAUUAAAAUCGACAAAUCGUGUACAUUAUCCCUACGCUAGAACAAAUGGUGCUUCACAUCGUAGAGUAGUAGUCGUCUGCAGCUGCCUGACACGACAUUAUGUCUUGGCAGAUGGAAAGACUAAUUACUACAUUAUUGUAGAAUUGUAAACAACUCGAGCCCUUCAGUCUUACUUUCGAGACUUCAGUCGUUUUUCAAAGCUCGAAACUUUCAUAAUCUAGUAUUCACACUUUCAUUGAUUACUACAAAGACUUGAAUCACUCUAGAAAUGAAGCAAUACAAUAAAUGACUCUGGCUUAAGAGACUUCAAUUUGAAAGUCUCAAAACUAAAAUUAAUCAACUCGAGUUUUUACAACACUACUACAUUGUAAUGUUAAUACACCGAGUCUACUAGUUACUAUUUUAUAUUCCAAAAUUGAAGUUAUUACGGUUCUCCUAUUCGAAAAGGCUGAGAUAAAUAUGUAAUGAUGGCGAAUAUUAAAACUAAGUAGGUAUGUCUACUUAUAAUGCGUCGUGCGCCUAGUACGAAUAUUGUGGAGUCUAUUAAAAUAUAGCUUAUAUACGUGAUGUAAAACCAAACGAUAGCAUUUUAUAUAUUUCUAUUGUUCGUACGAUUAAGAUUUACAAGAAAACCCUAGUAGAUUAUAACUUGUAUGUUUUGUACUAUUUGUCUACCUGCUAAAAAUUUUGCAAUAAUCUUAAUUAAUGAAAUACUAGAACUUACUGCAAGAUAUAUUUUUUAUUUUUAACAUGAAAUAUGUACUACUUUAUUCUAACAGAAUUUUUUUUAAAAGCUUUUUUUCAAAAUAUUGUUUAAAUUGAAAAUACAUACUUUUGUCAACAUAAACUACUCAGUUGAUAUCAUAACUUUCAAUUUUUUAUCUACCCCGUUCGUGGUUUAUGAAACAUAAACGUAAUAUAACUAAAACAGUAUGUGAUGUUACAUUGUGAGCACUUUUAGAGAUUUCCUAAAUAAUAUUAUUAAUAGUUUAUUCAAAUCUCUAAACGAGAUGCAUCAUUUUCAUGCUGUUAAACUACUUAGUACUUACCUUUAUUUGAAUAGUUUAACAAAUAUUUUCUGAUUUUAAUAUUUACAGGGUUUAUACAAAAUGUGCGAAAAUUCCGAAUGUGUACCUACGAACAUUUUACUGUAUAAAUUUACGAAAUGCAGGUAAUGAACUAGUUCGUCUAAAAACGAAUACUUAGUCGCUAAAGUGUCACACGACACGAUAAAUGUGGAAUAUAUAACUUAACUCAUCGAUUUAGACAAACUAACUACAUACUUGCUUCUAAAAUAUUUUUAUAUUUCUUAGAACAAUCCGUUUUUUACAAUAAAAUGUUGCAUGUGAUAAAAUAUUGUUAGUGAUUUUCAUAUUUCGGCUAGAUUUUCAGUGAUUCCAUGAAAUAUUCGUAUCUAUUAAAAGUUUUUAAUAUUAAAAGAAAUAUCUCAGUCAUACCUGUUCAUUACAAUAUAUACCUUAAACUUCUCGCCAUUCCUUAUGUUGUUCAUAGAUAUAUUGUCUAAGUAUGUAUAUUUUUGUUAAAGUUUUAAAUAUAUAGGUUUUAUGAUGUUUUCGUAAACACGAAGCCAGUCAUUUAAUCAAUUUGAUGUUUUUCUAUAAUUAAUGAAUUACACCUUUUAAAGUAUCUUUUGGUUAAUCUAAGAUACUGUUAUUUCAUAUUGACUGGUAUCGUGUAAUCCAGGCAUUAGAUUUUUGAUUACCCGCACAAAUACGGGCAUAAUUUUACUCAAAUUUUUCGAUUUGUUUCAUGACCCGAGUGAUAUUUUUAGACAUUUGUAUUAAGGUAUACUAUGAAAUAAAACUCAGUUCACGUAAUACUGUCAUUAUAUUUUGUCUUAAUUUUGCGUCACUGUACAUAUUUCCGAUUGUGAUUACACUUUAUUCGGUAUAUUUCAAAUCAUCUAUAAUAAAAUAUCAGUCAUUUCUAUAUAUCAAUCUUGUAUAAAAAGUACCAUCUAAGAGACCUAGAUCAUAUUUGUAAGUACAAUACCUAUCUAUGGUACAGAAAGUAAUGAAUGUAUCACUACGUAUCGAUAAAUAUUUCCGCUACAAUAUUAAUGUUAUAAAGGACUCACAUACACCUAUAAUGAGUAUUGUAAUAACUUAAAGCGCCGGAACUUACCUACUUGACUAUAAAAGGCCUGUAAUUUUAUACACAUUGACCGAUAAAUUGUUUUACUACACUGAAUCCAUUAAAACAGGAUAAAAUAUAACAUUGUUGUUUUAAUUACAUCUUCCUCGCCCUAUCUUCUUUUGCUCUGUUUUCAUGAUUAAAUCUAUCUAUCUAUUCAGUAUAACAACAAAUUAUUAAGUACCAUUUUUUUAACAAAGAUUCAUGUUUG